AUGGCGGGGUCCACCGCGGCGGGCAGCGACUGGUGGCCCGUACAGGCUGGGUGCUCGGGCGGCCGGGCGCUCGCGACCUUCAGGCAUCUCCCGCUCCACGGCCGAGUGCUCCGCGGCGUCGGCGGCGGCGAGCUGCAGUGGCGGCUCGUGUCGGCGACCACCCACCGCCCCGACCCGGAGCACGCUGCCAAAGAGACCACGGGAGAUGCAGCACCCCUCGGGGUGUUCCGUGAUCGCUCCGCGCUCCCGAUCAGGGACGAGGAGAUCGAGGCCGAGUGCGAGCGCCUGCACGUCUACACCGCCGAGAGGGCGAUGGACAUUCCGUACAAGGUGCUCGAGGACGCGGUCCGGAGCGCCAGUUCCGAGCGCGAGGUUCUGAGAGCCCAGGCGAUAUUUGGCAAUACGUGCGCAUCCUUUGAUCUGCCAGCGCUCGACGAGCGGCAGGGCGCGUGCGCGGCGUCCGCCGUCGGGCCCGGCAUGACGCACCUCGCGGUGACCCCGCUUGCGUCGCCGGUGCGCCCGACGGCGGACGCGGUGCAAGGCAGCGACGACGCCGGGCCUUCGCACGGGGUGCGGCCUCCGGUCUGCGGCCCGUGCGUGUUCGACCUGCGCGUGGGGCGCAUCCUCGACAUCUCGGCCGGCCCGGGGACCGAGCGCGGCGGGGCGUGCGUGCUCGCGGUGCGCGGCACGCGCGGGAUCGCUGCUGCUGUUGUCAGGGCGGUGACGUCCCCGGGGGGAGUGAGGUCCCUCGAGGUGACGCGCGGGCUUCCGGGCGCCUGCGCGUUGCCGGACGGGGUCUGUUCGUGGACGUCGUGGAACCACGCGGUGCCAGGCGAGGUGCUUGUGGCCAAGACCAGCGGCGAGGUGCUCUCAGUUCAGUUGCUGCGAUCGCACGGCAAGGAGGCGGCGUUCGCGGAGUGGACGGUGCCGGAGGCCCUGAAGGAGAAGGUCGAGCGGUCGGUGGGGCUGCGCGUCGUCGUGGUUCCGGGCCCGCACCCCAGGCGAGCACUGGCAGGCGUUGGCAACAUGCUCUUCCGCAUCUGGCAGGGCGAGGGCUUCGCGGAGCCCGGCAGAUCACGGCUGUCGGAACAACCAUGCAUGGAGCUGCCUGCGGGCGAGACGAUUCUGGCGGCGAAGGCGCUGCCGGCCCAGCAUGCGUCAGCGGAGGGCGCUGCCGCCCCGCCGCUCGUCGCCCUCGCUACGUCGCAGCAGCUGCUGCUUCUGGACCCGCGGCGGCCGGACCGGGCGCUCCUGCGAUGGGCACACGGGCUGUGGCAGCCCGGGAGCGUCAUGCUGGACUGCACGUGGAAGCAGCCGGCACCUCUACCGGACCGGCUGUCCGGGCACGUCGGCGGGGAGUUUUGCCCGACUGGGCUGCUCGUCGCGACGGACUGGCGGUCCGGGGCCGCGGUGCUCGCACGUUUCGCGCUCGUGGAGCCCGGGGCGCUGUCAGCGGAGUUCCCACGCGCCCGCGACGCUCCUGGGACUGUUCUGGGCUCGCAGGCGCACCGCCGCGGCGCCGCAGGGGCGCUGCGCGUCGGCACGGCGCCGGGGGGCUCCGCGGGCGGAUGGACGCCCGCGGCCGGGCUGACGGCGUACUCUCUGGGCCUCCACCAGCGCAUUCUCGACGGACCGCGCGACUCGCAGACCCUGAAUCCCGAAUCGUGUUCGCAGAAGCCUCCAGACAAGCUCCGGGCCGAGGAGCCGCCCUCGGCGAUGGGCGUCGCUCUGCUAGCGAGCCGCACGUGCUUCGGGGGGCCGGGGCCGGAGCUCGUCGCCGCGUGCGUCGCGCGGUGGAACGGGGAACUGGACGUCAUACUGGGGGAGUAUUGCGGGGCGGACGCGGCGGGGGGGGGUCUCCCGGUGCUGCGGGCGCGCGCGGACGACACGCCGGCGUGGGAGCUCGCGCGGGCGCGCGAGGCGGCGGCCGAGGCGGAGCGGAUCGAGCGGAGAAACCCAUCUGAGAUAUUGCGGACAGAUUAUCUUCGACUUGGACACAUGCGGCGACACAAGGACCUCCGCACCGUCGAGGCUCCGCGCUUGCACUACGCGGCGAUCGCGAAGCUGCUCCAGCGCGAGGGCGGCGCGUCGGGCGGCGACAAUGACAACGUUCGCGUCCCAGACAACGUUCGGGAGGCCGCGUGGGCCCCGUCGGCGCGCGACGCGGCGCGGGCGGGUGGCGGGGGCCGCGACGAUGAGACUGCGAGGCUGUUGCUGGACGCAGUGAGGGCGCCGGGCGGAGCGGGGAGCCUGGUCAGGGCCGUGGAGCUUGCAGCGUUCCGAUGGGCCUCUGCGGAGCAUGCGGGGGGAAGCGGGGAGGUCCGCGCCGCGCUCAAGGUCGCCGUCGAGCGAGACGCGCGCGGACACGUCGAGCUCGGGGCCGCCCGCGCGGCUGCGUGGACUCCGCGCGACAGCGACCAUGCUGCGAUGGCACUGACGAUUCUCGGGCGAGCUGCGCGCCCCGGCGCCGCGGGCGACCGCGCCCUGGCGCCGCGGGUACCGUGCGUGGUGCCGCGCCCGAGCGCUGGCGAGCCUUCGCGCGGCGAGACGGAGCGGGCGGCGGACUUGCAGGAGGCAUGGGAGGCCAUGGUGACGCGCGGGGCAGGCGCAGUGGCGGCGCGUCCCGCCGUGCAGCGCGCGCAACAGGCGCGCCCGGAACCGCGGGGCGAGCGGGCCACGGUGGGGACGAAGCGGAAGCGAGGGAGACAAGAUGGGUUUUGA